UGUUCCGUGGGCUGUUCGUGCUCUUAGGUGUGAUAGCAACAUAAAUUGUUUACUGCGUUAAAUUAGCAUAACUUUUACAUGCAUAUGUAUGUAUGUGUCCAGUCAAGAAUAUCGAGAAAGUGGUAUAACUACAGCUUGCACGGCCGGCUAGUUGGACAAAAUAGAAUAAUACUGUAACUUACAUAAUAAACAAGCAUAUAGUAGUAUGUAAAACAUAGGCACCACUCAGCGAUUUCAUCAUUGUCAAAAAUAAUAACAAAGAACAUGUAUUAACUGGGGCAGCAGAACAUAAGAACAUAUUUUGCUCACUUUUGGAAUGUGCAAUGCUAACAGCAAUAAAAACAUCGACGAAAACAACGACAAACACGAAAUAAACUAUGUAAAUAGGAAAUUUUUAAAAGUGCCUACUUCGAUUUUAUACACUCACAUAGAAAUAACAAACAUACAUACAUACAUACGUAAUUAUAAAUCUAAAAGGAAAUCACUAUUGACCUGAUUAAAGCGCGCGUCAAGCAAGCUUUUGUUGUUAUUGUUAUUAUCGCUACUACUACAAUAAGAAAUUCGAAAUGGGCGCUUUUUCCGAGUCUGGAAGCGUGCUCGAUAUUUAUCCCGUGCUGUGGGAAUUUAUGCGUCCCGGAACAUCUCCUGUGGAUUGGUGCGAGGAUAAUUAUAAUAUAUCAGCGAAUAUUGCCGAAUUCGUAAAUACGUUCAGCAACUUCCUAUUCAUACUAUUGCCACCAGUAUUAAUAAUGCUGUUCAAGGAAUAUGGGCGCUUCGUAACCCCCGGAAUACAUUUGCUCUGGGUGCUGCUUAUCGUGGUGGGUCUCAGCUCCAUGUACUUUCAUGCCACGCUCAGCCUGAUCGGCCAAUUGCUGGACGAGCUGGCUAUAUUAUGGGUGUUCAUGGCCGCCUAUUCGCUCUUUUUUCCCCGGCGCUACUACCCAAAGUUUAUCCGAAAUGAUCGCAAGGCGUUCGGCUGGUUAAUGCUCUUCUCAGCCAUUCUUGCCACGGCUCUAUCGCUCUGGAAACCUAUUGUAAAUGCCUUUGUACUCAUGGGUAUGGGAGUACCGACCAUGGUAAUGCUUUACCGGGAGCUGCAGCGAGUGGGGGACCGGCGGGUCUAUCGCCUCGGUCUGCGUACCACGACCGUGUGGGCAAUCGCAGUCUUCUGUUGGAUCAAUGAUAGAAUGUUUUGCGAGACCUGGUCUGCCAUCAAUUUUCCAUAUCUGCACGGGUUCUGGCACGUUUUGAUCUUCAUUGCCUCCUAUACUGUGCUCGUACUAUAUGCCUAUUUCUAUGUGGAAUCGGAGCUGCCACAGCGUCGGCCUCUGUUGAAAUAUUGGCCGGUAAAUGAGUUUGAGUUCGGCAUACCGUUUAUAUCGAUCCGAAAUCCAGAUUCGAAAGAUUGGCACAAAUACAAUAGCUUAUAUUUUUGCAAAGGGCAGGACUUCUCUGACUAUGCACAAUCAAAAGCCUAUGCGUAAGAAAAACUAAACAAACAAAAAGCAAGCUUAAGUCUCAAAAAGCUGGUUGCUUUUAGACAACGUGAUAUACAAAUAUAUAUAUUUAUAUAUUCAUAUACCUACUUGUAACAUAGUGCUUAAACAAAUGCCCUGAAAAAUUGAAAUGUGAACGAAAUAUGUAUGUAUACAAACAAUUUAUUAUUUAUAAAGAAUAAACUUAGUUAUAAAACUCAGCAGAGGGAUAGCUACAUUCACGUUUGUUAUUGGAAUAAUCAACGGUUGUGUUUUUUAUUUAAGACAUUCAUGCUCAAAUUUAAUUGUAAAAUUUAAAUGAAUUCAGGGUUUUGUUAAGUUAAUCGGAUUUAAAAUAUUAUCAAGAACCAAUUCGGGCUACAGAUUGUUAAUUCGAUUACGGCUCUAUAGCUCUUUCUAUCUAGUACCUUAUCAAAUACCUAAAUAAAUAUAAACAUUUGUUGAAUUCAAAACUGUUUACAAAUGAUACAUUUUUAAUAAAAGAUGAAAAAUGAAUUUUAAAAACUGA